AACUAUUUGAUGUUCAUUUGAACUGUUAUGUUCAAACUUCGGAACAUUCUUAUGAAUUCAUUGAGUCCAAACUUUAAUCCUGAAAGAAAUUACUUACUGCGAUCUCAGUCCCAUCUAGCGGUGUGUUUAUAAAACUCAAAGUCACCGGUUUGUUGUGUACACCAACACCAGUCACCACCUCUCACAAUAGAAAAUUAAAGAUGGUUAACUUUAUUGGAGUUUGAUUUGUUUUAAGACUGUUGGGAUAAUGGACGAGGGACUUUAUUUAGACGGACAAUAUACCCCUUCAUCGAUUCUUGGAUUUCAGGAAAAUGGAGAUUACGGAGAGGUUGGUUUUCCCAAUCCCUACUCAGAGGAAUUUAGUGAAGCGUAUCCAGAGGAUCAUGGAGAAUUUCAGGCGUACAACCAUGUUGUCGGGGAUGGUGGGUGUGGUAUCUCUGCCCUACACUUUGACCCUGUGGAAGAGCUGCUGUGGAUGGGAAACCAGGCCGGUCAUGUGACCUCGUACUACGGACCUAACCUGCAGAAGUACACUUCCUUUCAGGUGAAUGCAGCCGAAGGUGUGCGAAGCUUACAUGCUUUUGAUCGUGGUAUUCUAGCCCUAACGCAAACUAGUUUGAGAUGUCAGUUACGGCGUGGUAUUCCUGUGUUUACCCACUCCUCUGUUAAUAUGCAGGAGAUGCAGUGCCUUCUACAGAUUCCCCAGAGACCUAAUCAGUUGUUGAUGGGAGGCAUACAAGAAAAGAUUAUAUCCUUGGAUCUAGAGAAGGUUAAAGAGAUUCAGAUUAUUGAUUCAGGAGAUAGUUGUGCUGUAAUGAGGUUUAAUGGAAGAUAUGUUGGGUGUGGAGAAACUACAGGCAAAAUUACACUCAGAGAUCCACACAACUUGUCUGUCUGCCACUCACUAGACACUCACAGUGGAACCCUGUCGGACUUCGACAUGAAUGGCCAUCAUCUCGUGAGCUGUGGAUUCGCUAGGAGACAUGGCAAUCUUCAGGCCAUUGAUCGCUUUCUCAUGGUCUACGAUCUCAGGAUCAUGCGGAGUGUAAACCCUAUUCAGUGCGUAGUUGAACCCUGUCAGCUUAGGUUAGUCAAUAGUCCCAUUAUCCCCUCUUUUCCUUUCAGGUUUUAUUUUUUUUCCGACAAAAUUCAUAUCUUUCCCUUCGAAAGUUUGAAAUUUAUAUUGAACACACAAUCACAUGUACUUACAUCAAACGUUCAGUUGGUUGAUACAGCUGAGAUGACAACAGAAAGCUUAGAUAUUUUCCAGCUCGAUACUGGGGGAGGUAUGGCGCUAAGUUUUGAUAUAUCUCCUUCGAACAACUGCGUGGCUUUUGGGGACGAGCACAGUGGCAUUUCGCUUUAUUCAGCUUCAGGAGUGACUGAGCCUACGUUUACCCUGUACCCCCGUGAGACUGAGUUCCCCCAGCCCCUGCCCGUCUACCCUUCCAUGCGAAUAGAUGAUAUCAACGCCAUCUAUAGUUCUAUUCCUCUACCUCAUCUUCCGCCUGAUCAAACUACGUAUGCCAGCGAUAAUUGGCCGGAGAGGUUUGCCCGACCUACCUUUAGAGCAGUUCCCUUGAUAGAGGAGGAAAUACUCAGAACAAUGAAAAAAGUUGGAUCAAUAGGAUAUGCUCCCAACCUGGGAAACAAAAAGAGAAAUGUUAUUCAGUACAAUCUCAAGAAAACUUCCGAUAAGGAGAACAACCAGGACCUGAAUCAAUCCCACGAGGAGAAUGCUGCGUACAAAUCGUCCGUCCCUAAGCGGUACAAGAAGAACGACAUCAAGCUUGGCAAGAUGGGAGUGGACGAUUUUGAUUUCGAUAAUUUCAAUAAAACCAGUUUCUGCGGUCUGGAGGCAUCUCUGCCGAACUCCUACUGUAACGCCAUGCUUCAGGUCCUAUAUUUCACUGAGAAGCUCCGGUUGAUAAUCCUGAAUCACUUCUGCUCCAGGGAGUCUUGUUUAGCCUGCGAAUUGUCUUAUCUUUUUCACAUGUUGGAUACAGGCCAGGGUAUGCCUUGUCAGCCUGCCAAUUUUCUCCGCUCAUUCAGAACCAUCCCUGAAGCCUCCGCCCUCGGCCUCAUUUUUUCCGAGGCCAAUUCCAUCUCGCGUACCUCUGUGCCGCGCAUUAUUCAGUCCUGGAACCGGUUUAUUCUCCAACAAAUCCACCAACAGUGUACAGACGCCUCCUCACGGCGCAGCUCCACCCCUCCGCCUACCAGGUCGGCGGCCGGUCAGUUGGCGGCAACAGCUAUGGAUUGGUCCAGGUCAAGUCCCGCCAAGAAAACUCCAGAUCCAGCUUCACUUGCGGAGAUUGAAUCUAUAUCCAAGGCUAUGGCUGAAGUCCUCUCUAGUCCACAGAAGACAGACGACGGACCUGUGGACGACUCCCCCGUGGCUCAAUUGAUGGGGAUGAAGCAGGAUAAGAUUACACGUUGCUCCAAAUGUCACACAAAGACGAUCACUGAUAAUCUUCUUCUACUGUGUAACCUGGUCUAUCCAGAGCAGAGUACCCUCAAACAGAAGAUUUCAUUCGGAGAGAUACUCUGUUCUAGUCUCUGCCCGGAGCAGGUCACCCCGGCUUGGUGUGAGAAGUGUAAGAAGUAUCAACCCACCACCCAGUCUAGACGUCUCACCUGCCUCCCGCAGACCCUCUCCCUCAACGCUGGGAUGGAUAAUCCCUCCGAUAUUUCCUUCUGGAACACCCAGAUGCAUCUUAUCCUGGAGGAUUCCGAGGUCGGACCUCCGAAAUCGGAGGCUGGAACUGCGAGGUCUGAGAAGAGGUCAAACACAGUUAAACAGGUUGCUCCUCCUCAUGGGCAGAAAGCUUGUCGGUACGCGGGCAGCUGUAGCCGAUCAGAUUGUAAGUUCUGGCACGCCGGUCAGGAGCUCUUGAAGGAUCCAGCUCUAGAUGUUGGAGAUCAGUUGGCAAAGAUAGACAAGUCUUGGGUUCCAUUCGAGUUGACCCUUCACUUAGCUUCAGAUGGGUCAGUUCACACCUCACAGAGUAAACCUGGUAUAGAGUAUAUCCAGUCUCAGACCUACCUACUCUACGCAGUUUGCUGCUGUAUUGUAGAUCCGGUUAAUCCGGAUACAACCAACCUAGUAUCAUGUGUCAAGGUAAACCCGAUCACCGUGGACGUUUUCAGCGAGGACAAGAGCUUGUUGCAGAAGGCCGGCGGGAAGCGCAUCACCUUCACCCCGUUAGGAAUGGAGGACAUGCCUAAAAAGGGUGAUUUAAUCGCUAUCGACGCCGAGUUCGUAACUCUGAACCAAGAGGAGGCCGAGCUGCGCAGUGACGGUAAAGUCAGCACAGUAAAAGCCGCGCACAUGUCUGUUGCGCGAAUCACGUGCGUGCGCGGUCAGGGACGCCUUGAAGGUGUUCCGUUCAUAGACGAUUAUAUCUCAACUCAGGAACAAGUUGUGGAUUAUUUAACUAAAUUCUCUGGAAUUAAACCCGGAGAUCUCGACGCUAACUUCAGCUCAAAACAUUUGACCACGUUGAAGUCUACCUAUCAGAAAUUAAGGUUCCUGGUGGAUACAGGCGCCAUGUUUGUUGGACAUGGAUUAAAGAAUGAUUUCCGUGUGAUAAAUCUGGUUGUAUCCAGUGAUCAGAUCAUUGAUACUCUCUACCUUUAUCAUCUUCCACAUAACAGAUAUGUCUCACUGAAGUUCUUGGCGUGGUAUUUUCUGAAAGCAACUAUACAGGGAGCUACUCAUGAUUCUAUAGAGGACGCCGUCACAUCUCUCAGGUUGUACAAGAAGUUUCUCGAGAUGAAGAGAGAGAACAAGGUGAUGGAGAACCUCACCAGGAUGUACGAGGUUGGGAAGGAGUUGAACUGGAAGGUUCCAGACCCUUGACAGCAGUUCCAA